AGUUGGCUCGCUGGGACUCUGGGAGGUGUGUCUCGGCCAAGCUCCCAAUCAUGAGAGAAAGAAAAGAACCAGAGCCACCCAAGGAGACCUCCGUCACCACUGUAGAGCCAUCCAAGAAAACCACCACCUCCAUCCUCCGCCGUCUGAUAGAGCUAGACACGGCGUGGUCCCUCCACAUCCACACAAUAUGCCAGCCCUUCCCCCGUUCCGUCCUCAAAACCCUAGAAAUCUCCGGCGAUGGCCGCUUCUGGUUUCCCAUUCCAGUGGCCCUCUUCUUCUCUCCUGUGGCCUCUAAAUCCAAUCAACUUGGCUCCAUCCUUAUCGGUCUCUUCAUUGGAUUUCUCCUCGACCUUGCCUUGGUUGGCCUGAUCAAGUAUCUUAUCCGUCGACCUCGCCCCGUCUACAACAAGGGAAUGCAUUUGACGGUCUCCGUUGAUCACUGGUCUUUCCCCAGUGGCCAUUCUUCUAGGGUUUCCUUCAUCGCCGCCUUCUUGUACUUCUCCGCGGCUUCCAUCGGUGAGGCACUGGUUCAGCUAACAGCUUCUGGCGACGAAUUCGUUAGUCGGUGGAUCGAUUCUGAAAGUAAGACCAUUCAACUCUUCAUCUUGGCUGUGUGUUUGUGGUCUGCUGCUACAUCGGUAUCUAGGAUUUUGCUUGGCCGGCAUUUUGUUUUUGAUGUCACUGCCGGCGCUUGUUUGGGCGUUCUUGAAGCUUUAAUAGUGAUUAAAUUGUUCAAGUUUUAGAUUCAUUGGAAAAUGGAUAAUGGAUAUCCCUUUUGUAAUUUAUGCCCCUUCAGCCAAAAAUUUUGUAUGUCGUCAAGAAUCUGUGUAGUGGUAGUUAAUAAUGUUUAUUAUUGCUUUCUUAUGUUUAUGUGUCACUGCAUUGACUUCACUUG